AUGAUAAACUGGUUGAUAAUCUCUAUCAGUGGCAUAUUGGGAUUCGGAUUGUUAUCCUUUACGUCAUCAAUGAUCAUGUCUGCAUUUCGUAGUCUAGCCUGGUUUUCAAAAGGGAUGCGUGAAUACACAAAGUCAGGCUAUGAGUCAGCUGCUUCACAUUUUGAUCCUAAUGAGUUGAAAAACGUACGCUUAGACAAUCACCGUGUUUUGAUAACUGGAGCCAAUUCAGGGAUCGGCCUCGUGUGUUGUAAAGAAUUAGCGAAACAUGGCGCAGAAAUCCAUAUGGUUUGUCGCAGUAAACCUCGUGCUGAAGAGGCACGUCAACAGAUAAUCUCUGAAACUGGAGUCAAUGAUUCGCGUAUAAUUAUUCAUCCAUUGGAUCUUUCUAAACCGAAUGAGAUUAAUAAUGCUGGCUGCAUGAUUAAUGAAUAUAAAACUGAUGAAAACGGCAUAGAAGCUAAUUUCGCCACAAAUACACUUGGUACUUAUAUACUUACUGAAAGUCUAAUACCUGCAUUAAAAAAAUCACCUGAUGCUCGUGUUAUUACUGUUAGCUCAGGUGGAAUGUUAGUACAGAAAUUGGAUCAUGCUGAUCCAAUGCUUACAACUAGGCACAACAAAUUUGAUGGAACAAUGGUUUAUGCACAAAAUAAACGUCAACAAGUUGUUAUGACUGAAAUGUGGUCUAAAAACUAUCCAGAAAUAUUCUUCUGUUCAAUGCAUCCUGGUUGGGCUGAUACACCAGCUGUCGCACUGUCUAUGCCAUCAUUUUACAAUAAAAUGAAAAAUAAACUAAGAACACCAGAACAAGGUGCAGAUACAGCGAUCUGGUUAGCAGCGGUACCAAAUGUGAGAAGAUUCCAAAACGGUUCUUUCUUCCAAGAUCGUCAAGUAGUUAGUCAACACCUAAAAUUAGCUUGUACACAUUCAAAGGAUGAUGAGAAACGUAAAUUCAUGUCUAAUUUAGCUGAUAUUGCAGCACCUUUUCUUAAAUAA